UGAGUGGUUUCAAGAUUCUGUUCUGCAGGAACAUUUUGGGUGUUUUAACUGAUUUCCAUUGAGCGCGCGCGCGUGCCUCCGGGUGCAUCUCGUUGCUGCGAAAAGCCUGGAAGUGGGCGGAGCCUCUUUUGGACCCAGUCAGCGGACGUCGUUCUCGCCUCCGUCUCAGUCUGCAGAGACGAGCCGCGCUUCUCAUCCUCCCGUCGCACACGAAGACCCCGAGUGGGCAUGCACGCGCUGGGAUUCUUGGAUUUUGGACGUAUUUGUUCCGGGAGAGCGGGAUCUGGACAUUAGUGACCCUGGCAGAGAGGCGCCGCUGCUCGCACGGACACCCGCGCGGGACAUGACCUGCGGCUCGUGCCGCUGAGGAGCUCCCCUUCGUGUCCGUCACCAUGCAGCAUCCUCUGGACAUGUCGGCGCGGUUCUACCCUCCGGACGUCCACCCGGACCUCAGAACUCACCGGUACCGGAGCUUCAUGAUCGAGGAGAUCCUCACCGAACACCCGGAGCACAAAGCGCCCGUCCCGGCCGGGGAGCUCCUCAAGUUCGGGGUGCAGGCCCUGCUGUCCGCGCGGCCCUUUCACAGCCAGCUCGUGCUGAAAGCGGACCAGGCCGGCCUCCUGAAGUUCCCCGUGUCUCCGCUGUCCUGCUCCCCGCUCGGCUCGCCGCUUCUGUCCGCCGGGCCGGGCCUGCAGGUCGCGUCGCACCACCUCCCGCUGGACCUGCACCUGCGCGGGAAGCUGGAGCACGACGGCGGCAGCAAGAGCAAGAAGGGCCGCCGGAGCCGCACUGUGUUCACGGAGCUGCAGCUGAUGGGUCUGGAGAAGCGCUUCGAGAAGCAGAAGUACCUGUCCACGCCCGACAGGAUAGACCUGGCGGAGUCUCUGGGCCUCAGUCAGCUGCAGGUGAAGACCUGGUACCAGAACAGAAGGAUGAAGUGGAAGAAAAUGGUUCUGCAAGGUGGGGGUCUGGAAUCCCCCACAAAGCCCAAAGGUCGUCCAAAGAAGAACUCCAUCCCCAGCAGUGAGCAGCUUUCAGAGCAGGACCGGUCUGCAGCAGAGACGGACCGUCAAUCUGAGGCCUCCAGCUCCCAGGAGAACACUCAGGAGGAGUGACCCCCCUCCUUUUCCCACAAUUCUGGGACAUGUGGGACACUCGGCAUGUGUGGACAAAUUGAAGCGAGCGCCCCUCCUUAAAGAGCUGCAGGCCCUUGCAGGGAGCAGAAGCACCUGCGUGCCUGUCACGAUGGACUUUUGAGGAAAAGACUGCUGCAGCAGGUCUGUCCCUCCUCCAGCCUUAUCUGUUCAUGCAUUCCUCUUUUGUGUAAUAUGCAACUUAAUUAUUAAAUAUAUUUUCACUACUCCUGUUGUUCACUGAAGGUCACAUGUGCCCAGAUGUUUUUGCCGCCUGGUAGAGAAAGUGGGUGCUCCUCGGUUCAGGGAAGUUCUGAUCUAGAGCGAUGUUUAGCUUUUCUGGUUCUGAUGGUUUUGGAGGAGAAGAGAGGAGGAGGUUCUGCCUUCGGUUUGGAUUUACAGAGAGUUUGAAGAUCAGCCUGCAGCUUUGCUCUGAAACGGUGAAAGAGAAGAAAAUUCUUCUGCAUGUUUGCUUUUUACACCUUUUUUCAUUUCUCUGCAUUCAGCAUCAGCUCACUGAAGCGUAGACUUGAUGACUUUUGAGUUGUGACAGCUCAGAGGGAUGGGCUCCUGCUUCUUGCUGUAAAAUGUGUCGGUCUUUAAAAAUGAUCCUCCCGUGUGUGUGCGCGCGCGCGCAUGGCAGCCGGCCUGACUCGAGCUGAGCCAGCUGGUAAAGAUGCAGGUCAAAGUCAAUCGAAUUUAUGGAGGAAAAAACAUUUUAAUGAUUCAACAGAGAUGAAAAUAUAUGAAUUUAAUUUUUCUUUGGAUGUCCUCUGACUGAAAAAGACUUUUUAGCUUCAGCCUUUUCCUGUUUUGCGACUCAGUGGCGCAUCAGCACGCAAAUCUGAACACAAGAGAUGCGUGUCUCAAGAUGAAAAAUCCAA